CGCGCGCUCCCAGCAUGGCACAAAAAUCUGAGGAAAGUGGGAUUUAUUUCGCCAAAAACUCAACGGGAAACGGCGCCGGCUGGCUAAAACAAUCCGACAGUACAGCGCAAAACAUUUACGGAUCCGGACACAUUCAUCCGAUAGCCUGUGACAUGGAAAACCCCUGCUGUCAAACAGCUGCUGCUCCUCAGGAGGAGUUCUUAAACGCUGACUGCCGAGUGGGUGACAGUCGCUCUUUUCCUGCCUGCGCCUCAAUCUCAGAAACAGCCAGAGAGCUGUGCAAAGCUGUGUCCGUGUCACUGGGACUCACCAUGGAGUCCACGGACACGAGCGACAUGGACGCUUCUCUCCCCUCGUGCGCAGAUUAUUUGUUCGGAGUUGGAGCGGUGCCGCUGAGCUGUCCGCGCGCCCCGGCUGCUGAGUUGCCUCCACGCGGACACAAGCAACUGGUGGACAUGUUCAAAAGUUCAGAGAGUGCCUCGCGCCUGCAACAUCUCACCUCCACACAAACAUGUGCGGACGACCCAAACUUCACACUGUGCAACUCCGAGGACAGAAUUUCAGAGGAGAUAGAUCAUCUGGACACCGCGCGUGCUGCCUCUUGCCCUUAUGCCCAAUCCGCCCCAGCCGAUUUGUCCCAGAUAUCCACAGGGAGGCCGUGCAGGGUCUACAAGCCCCCCGAUGAAGCGCGAGACGUUGGGGAAGCCUGGAGAACAAGUUCCGUGGAUAUAAUCCGGAACAAUUCGGCAUCAAAAUCAAAACUGAGGACACUCAACAUGCAGGAGCGUUGUGGGGAGGUAGUUACCUUUAAUGAGAAAUACAAUUCUCAGGGUUGGGGUUUGAGGCAGUGCAUGAAUGCAGAUAGCAUAGGGGCAAACACAGCGUUCAUAUGUAAUCCAUACGAGAGGAGCGUGGUGCGCCCUGAGCAGUGGUACCCGGACGGGAUGCUGAGGCCGCCAUAUCCCAACUCCAGCUAUGUGAAGAGCGAGGUGGGCGAGUGGCUGGAUGUCGCCUACAAUGACACCAGAUUCGAGUCUGGCAGAGAGCACAUGUUCCCCAUGGAGUUCUUUUUCCCGCCACAGAGGAUUUGCCUGAUCUGUUCAGACGAGGCGUCAGGCUGCCAUUACGGAGCGCUCACUUGUGGCAGCUGCAAGGUUUUCUUCAAAAGGGCAGCAGAAGGCAAACAGAAAUACCUGUGUGCAAGCAAAAAUGACUGCACGAUCGAUAAGCUGAGAAGAAAGAAUUGCCCUUCCUGUCGACUGAAGAAGUGUUUUGAGGCUGGAAUGACCCUUGGAGCGCGUAAACUAAAGAAGAUUGGGCAACAGAAAAACCCUGAAGAGGAUCAUCCUGGUCAAGAACAUUUAGAUGUCAUGCAGAAUAUCUCUCCUAAAUCAGGCCUGAACUUCAACACCCAAAUGGUCUUUCUCAACAUCCUGGAGUCCAUCGAGCCCGAGGUGGUAAAUGCAGGACACGACUACGGCCAACCAGAUUCAGCUGCCACUCUGCUGACAAGCCUCAACGAGCUGGGAGAGAGGCAACUGGUCAAAGUGGUCAAAUGGGCAAAAGGAUUGCCAGGUUUUAGAAAUCUCCAUGUGGAUGAUCAAAUGACUGUCAUUCAACAAUCGUGGAUGGGGGUGAUGGUGUUUGGCCUGGUAUGGAGGUCCUAUAAGAAUGUCAACAGCAGGAUGCUUUACUUCGCUCCAGAUCUGGUGUUCAAUGAACACCGGAUGCACAUUUCCACCAUGUAUGAGCACUGCAUACGGAUGAGACACCUUUCACAGGAGUUCCUGAUGCUGCAGAUCACGCAGGAGGAGUUUCUCUGCAUGAAGGCUUUGCUCCUCUUCAGCAUACUUCCAGUUGAAGGUCUGAAGAGUCAGAAAUACUUUGAUGAACUGCGUCUAACCUAUAUCAACGAACUCGAUCGGCUCAUUAAUUGCCGUAUGAAAACCAAUUCUUCUCAAAGGUUCUACCAUCUCACCCGACUCCUGGACUCUCUGCAGAUGACUGUAAAGAAGCUCCAUCAGUUUACAUUCGACCUCUUUGUCCAGGCUCAGUCGCUCCCCACAAAGGUCAGCUUUCCAGAGAUGAUCGGGGAGAUAAUCUCAGUCCAUGUACCAAAGAUCCUGGCAGGUUUGGCCAAACCAAUAUUGUUUCACAAGUAGAAGGAUUUUUUUUUUAUUUUUAUGGAAAAGUGACUCAUCUUUGCAGCCUCCAUAGACUUUGACGAAGGUUCUGUUUCCCUACAUCUUCAGUCUAAUGGCUCUUAACCCUGUCCUGCAAUCUUUUUUAUUUUCCUUUUAGCCAUAAUUGAGAUAGUUUGUUCAUAACUGUUAAAGCUUUUAUCUGAAGCGGUGCAAGGCAUCUGUUGACAGCACUGCUAUUUCUGAGUGGAGAGUUUGUGUUUUUAGCUAGAGCAGACAUACUACUUUACAUAAAGUCUUUAAAUCAUGGGAACAGUGAGCUAAAAGUGGCAGGGUUAAAACAUAAAUUUUCCCAUGUGACCUUUGGUACUCAAACAUUUGGCACUUUCUCAUAAAAACUAACAAAGACAGCCUAAAGAUAAUACUGGAUCACAGAAAGAAACAAACACUUGUUAUCCAUUACCUUAGCAAAAAAUAAAAGUUUCAAGUGCUGCAUUCAGGUACAUCUGACGGGUUCAUUUUUGUGAAACUCAACUUGUAGGUUCAGCUUUGAAGGACAUUUAAGUGCAUCAGUGCCUUAAUAUCAGGAUUAUUAAUCUAAAGAGUGUUUUAAAAUGAUUCAGAAUUAACAUUUAACAUAAUUCUUAUCAAACCAAAAUGAAAAAUCCUGACCUGACAGUGUGUCUCUAUUCUGCAUAUAAUUGCUUUGACAAUCAGCAUGGAUAUGGAAGUAAAGUUUUCCAUGUACAUGUAAGACAGAAACUUGAUGUGCUACAUUUGUGGUCAGUAAACUUGUAAGAUUUGUCUGAGGAAAAAUAGAUUUUUCUCGCUGUGUGAAUGUGAAAUUGGACUUAUUUUGGUGGUGCCUCACAAAAUAAGAUUACAAUCAUAAAGCAAGUUGAGUGCUAAUAAUUGAAAUCAAAAUAGAACAAUCAUGGCCUAUGAGAAGUGGAGAUAGCCACCCUAAGGGCACCCACCAGUUAAUGCCUACUUAGGCCUAUUUGACAUAAACAAAACAUAUUCUGUUUGAUCUUCUCUUUCAUUCCUACUGGGAUGAUUCAGUGAACAUCAAGGUGUAAUGGAGAAAACAUGAAACUAUGGGGACUGAUAUAUAGAUUAACAUUUAAUCAUAUAAAAAAUGUUACUUGGGUAAUAAACCAAUGAGGGUAAUUCCUUCAUAGACCAACUCAAUCUGACUUCUUUAUAUAGAUAGUUAAAGCCCCCCUUAAAAAGAAUGCAGAUUCAAGUCACUUCCACAUUUGCUUCACUUUUUAGACCUAUGCUAGGCUAUGUCAACUGCAGCUACAGAGUUUAUACUAAUUAAUUAUUACUAUUGCUUAGGGUCUUUCAUGGCUCUUAACAACUAGUGUCAGAGAAAAAUCCUUCCCAGUUGAAUU